AUUUGGAUAUCAAAACAUCAGGGACUGGCUGCGUGAAGAUUCAGAAAAUAGAAUGUGAUAACUGCAAAAUAGAAACGGAGAAGGGGACUAGUGUCUUGCAGUCAAUAAAGAGCCACAAAAUUGAUAUACGAACAAACGGUGGCAAAGUAAUUGGUCUUGGAACACUUUAUGGAAAUACAGAUAUUCAUGCAACAGAGAAGGGUAGUGUGAAUAUAGAGAAGCUGCAGGGGACAUCCAUCAACAUAUCUACUGAAGAUGGGCUGCUGAAAACUAAAUAUCUCUAUGCAGAAUCAUCAUCUCUGUCUUCAAUAGCAGGUGAUAUUCUGCUGGGAAGUAUUCACGGUAACACCAGCCUUCAGACCAAAACAGGAAGUAUCACAGUAGAUUCAUCAGAUGGAAGUCUAAAAGCUUCUACACAUCAUGGGGCAAUAGAUGUUUAUGUCAGUCAAUUAAGAAAAGUGGAUCUGAAAUCCCAGAAAGGUUAG